AUGCCCUUGGUUAAUUUGCCUACAGAAUUGCUGCUCUCGGUGGCAAAUUGUCUGUCUCCAGGCUCCAUUAACAUGCUGACACAAACAAACCUACAGCUCUACUAUCUCCUAAAUUCAUAUCUAUAUCAACAUAAUUCGCGAAACUUCAAAAGUUCUGCUCUAGUGUGGGCCGCUGAAAGAGGAAGUAUAGCGACGGCUCAAAUUAGCAUUUCAAAUGGUGCUGAUGUUGAGGUGGUCGACCUCAAGGGUGCCACACCACUUUCAACAGCAGCGUUAAAUGGCCACGAGGGUGUGGUGAAGCUUUUGCUCGAUAUUGGACGUGUGAACGUGAACGCAGAUGAUAACUUCGGUGCCACCCCACUGUUGAAAGCUGCACAAUAUGGCCACGAGGGUGUGGUGAAGCUACUUCUCCGAACUAAAAAGGUAAAUGUGGACUCAAAGGAUAGAAACGGUGCCACUCCACUGUCCAAGGCUGCGUUUAAUGGCCACGAGGCUGUGGUGAAACUGUUACUCGAGACUGGACAGGUUGACGUAGACUCAAGGAAUUACUCCGGUGCCACCCCACUUUCAAAUGCUGCGCUCUAUGGCCACGAGGCUGUGGUGAAAUUGUUGCUCGAGACAGGACAGGUGGACGUGGACUCAAAGAAUAAUGUCGAUGCCACGCCAUUAUCGAAGGCUGCAUGUAGUGGCCACGAGGCUGUGGUGAAACUGUUACUCGACACUAGACGGGUGGACGUGAACUCAAAGGAUAGCUCCGGUGCCACACCACUGUCGACAGCUGCAUGGUAUGGUCAUGAGGCCGUGGUAAAACUGUUGCUCAGCAUUAAAGAGGUAGACGUGGACUCAAGGGAUAAAGUUGGUGCCACUCCAUUGUCAAAAGCAGCAUUGUUUGGCCACAAGACAGUUGUGAAGCUAUUUCUCGGGACAAAACAGGUGAACGUGGACUCAGAGGAUAAAUUCGGUGCCACACCACUAUCGAAGGCAGCGUUGUGUGAUCAUGAGGCAGUUUCGAAGCUAUUACUCGGAGCUAAACAGAUGAACAGGGACUCAGACGAUAACAUCGGCACCACAGCAUCCAAGGCAGCGUUGUGUGGCAAUGAGAACAUAGUAAAUCUGUUUAGGGGGCGGACGUGGUUUAGAUUUCUUUGA